UCCGCGUUGAUUCCUCCUUUUCCAAAUUCCAAACCCUCUCGUGACGCGUUCCAGCUGUGUUCUCGUCUCUCCUCCACCCAUUUCUAUCUUCUUCUUCCUCCUGAUCGCGGCGACCUCUCCCCACCUCCUCGCCCCUCUCCCAUGGCGAACCCACGAAACCCUAAUCGUCUCCCCUUCGUCGUCGUCGUCGUCGUCCUCCUCCUCCUCCUCCUCCUCACGCUCUGUGGCCUCUCCUCCGCUCUCUUCUCCCCACCGGAUAACCACCUCGUCGCGUGCGGCGCCACCUCCGCCGCCACCAUCGGCGGCGACCCCCGCCGCUUCCUCCCCGACUCCGACCCCCUCGCCGGGGCUUCGAGGUCUCCGCCUCCGCCCCCGGGCGGCGCGUCUCUCCAUCGCACCGCUAGGGUUUUCCCGAGCCCUUCCUCCUACGAGUUCGAGAUCAAGGAGAAGGGCUCCCACCUCCUCCGUCUCCACUUCUACCCCUUCGUCGCCCGAGGCUACGACCUCUCCUCCGCUUCGUUCCACGUCUCCGCAUCGGGAUUCACCCUUCUCGCCAAUUUCACCACCGCAGAUCCGGUGUUGAAGGAAUUCGUCCUGUGGAUCGACUCCGACAAGCUCGUUCUCUCCUUCGUCCCCGCCCAAGCUUCCUCCUUUGCCUUCGUGAAUGCCAUCGAGGUCGUAUCGGCUCCCAAAGAUCUCAUCGGCGACGUCGCAAUUGUACCCAACCAAUUGGAGAAAUUUAAUGGUGUUUCGAGGCAGGCGCUCGAAACCCUCUAUCGUAUCAACGUCGGAGGCCCAAAGGUAACUCCUUUCAACGACACUCUUUGGAGAACUUGGGUUCCGGAUAAUGAACUCUUCGUCGAAUCGGACUCUACAUCAAAAACCUUAUCUUUCAGUGGGAGGAUUGCUUAUCAGAAGUAUGGGGCAAGCCGCGAAGUAGCGCCGGAUAAUGUCUACUCCACUGCGAGAGUAGUCGAAGGCUCGGAUUCGAAUCACAACAUGGCAUGGGUUUUCCCUGUGAGUUCAGGUUACAAGUACCUUAUCCGCCUGCAUUUCUGCGACAUUGCUAGUUUAGCUCUCAAUCAGCUCUAUUUUAACAUCUAUGUUAAUGGGAAUUCGGGGUACGGGGAUUUCGAUCUCUCUGAUGCUGCUGGCCAUGUGUUGGCUUCGCCUUAUUACAUAGACUUCGUUGCUGAUGCUGAUAAUUCGGGCAAAGUAAUUGUGACCAUUGGCCCUUCAAAGCUGAGCAGCCCUUCUUGGAUCCAUGGAUUGCUUAAUGGGGUGGAAGUUAUGAAGAUGAAUAAUUCAAUUGGCAGCCUUGAUGGUGAUGCCUCAGUUGUUUUGGUUACCGAGAAUCCGGUGAAAAGAGGCUUUGGAGAGUUUGUUCGUUCGAUCCUAUGCGGGUUUGCUUUCAUGAGCUUGCUGGGGAUUGUGUUUAUGUUGGUAAUGAGGUUGCGAGCUGAGUCAGGACACACUGUGCUUUGGUCGCCUUUGCCUACAGAUGUUUCAGGUGGUAAAUGGGGUCAGGGGUUUCCAGUGGCAUCUGGUAAGUUGGAGCUUUGAAGGCUCUGAGAAUAGAUUUUGUGUAAUAUAGUAUUAUGACUUGGAUGAAGAAUAUAAACCUGUCGUAUGAAUCUGAAAGCAUAUUCCCACAGUAAGAGUUGUAUCAUUGGUGUUUAUCAUAGAAAGUAAUUUUGCUAGUUGUUUUAGCAUAGUUUGUUCGGAUGUUUUGUCUGAAAAUGUCUGUCGAUGCUUGCUUGUUUUAGCUUAGCUAAGAGAGUGUGUUCUUUCAUUUGAUACAUCUUCUAGAAUAAUGUUGCUGCU